AUGCGUCGCUCGCGCUCUCCACGACAUCGUCGCAACAGUUAUGAUGAUCGCAGAUACACAUUUUCGCGCCGCGACGAACCCGAGCCAUCUCGAUGCCUGGGUGUUUUCGGCCUAUCUCUUUACACUACAGAACGUGAUCUCAAGGAGUUGUUUUCGCGCUACGGAGAUUUGGACAACGUGCAGUUGGUUUUUGACCAUCCAACUGGUCGUUCACGU